AUGGAGGAAAAAACAAUAAUUUGUCCAUAUGAUUCAGCUCAUUCAAUUUCAGCAGGAAAAAUGGCAAUUCAUUUAACAAAAUGUCGCGAGCAGCAUAAAUCUGAUGAAUUUAAAAUAUGUCCAUUUAAUUCUACUCAUCACAUACCAAGUCUCGAGAAAUUAAAUAUUUUCACACAUGAUUCAAACAAUUUAAAAUUAAAUCCUGUUGUUUAUGACAUUGAAUUGCCUGAAUCUUCGGAAAACUGGGAUAAGGAAAGUUCUGAACAAAAAUCAUAUUUAGAUGUUAAAAAUGAUUUGUUAAAAGGACAAAAAGUUAUUUGUUGA